CCCCCUUUAAACUCUCCUCUAGUACUACCGUAAAACUAGUCUACAAUGUCCGCUGCUGAUGUUCCUGUUGAAAUCACCAAGGUGUUCGACACUAUCUUGGUGUUAGACUUUGGUUCGCAAUACUCCCAUUUGAUUACUCGUCGUUUGAGAGAAUUCAAUGUCUACGCUGAAAUGUUGCCUUGUACCCAGAAGAUCUCUGAAUUGUCAUGGAAGCCUAAGGGUGUGAUUUUGUCUGGUGGUCCUUACUCGGUUUACGCCGAGGACGCCCCUCACGUUGACCACGAUGUCUUCAAGUUGGAUGUGCCUAUCUUGGGUAUCUGUUACGGUAUGCAAGAAAUUGCCUGGAUCAAUGGUAAGGGUGUUGCCAGAGGCGACAAGAGAGAAUACGGUCCAGCCACUUUGAACGUCGAAGACAGCAGUAACGCUCUUUUCCAUGGUGUAGACCAUUCUCAGGUCUGGAUGUCCCACGGUGACAAGUUGCACGCCUUGCCUACCGGCUACAAGAUCGUUGCUACCUCCGACAACUCACCAUAUGCCGCUAUCUACAACGAAACCGACAAUAUCUACGGUAUCCAGUUCCAUCCAGAAGUCACCCACACCAUCCAGGGUAAGACUAUCUUGAAGAACUUCGCUGUUGACAUCUGUAAGGCUAACACCAACUGGUCUAUGGAAAACUUCAUCGACACUGAGAUUGCCAGAAUCAGAAAGUUGGUUGGUCCUACUGCCGAAGUCAUCGGUGCUGUUUCCGGAGGUGUGGACUCCACUGUCGGUGCAAAGAUCUUGAACGAAGCUAUUGGCGACCGUUUCCAUGCCAUCUACGUCGACAACGGUGUGAUGAGAAAGAACGAAACCGAAACCGUCUACAAGACCUUGACUGAAGGCUUGGGAAUCAACUUGACUGUAGUUGAUGCUUCUGAAUUGUUCUUAGGUAGAUUGAAGGGUGUCACCGAUCCUGAAAAGAAGAGAAAGAUCAUUGGUAACACCUUCAUCCACGUUUUUGAAGAAGAAGCUGCCAAGAUCACGCCAAAGUCCGGUCAGGAAAUUGAGUUCUUGUUGCAAGGUACUUUGUACCCAGAUGUUAUCGAAUCUAUCUCGUUCAAGGGUCCUUCUCAAACCAUCAAGACUCACCACAACGUCGGUGGUUUGUUGGAAGACAUGAAGUUGAAGUUGAUUGAACCUUUGAGAGAAUUGUUCAAGGACGAAGUACGUCACUUAGGUGAGUUGUUGGGUGUUCCAACCGACUUGGUUUGGAGACAUCCUUUCCCAGGUCCAGGUUUGGCUAUCAGAGUCUUGGGUGAAGUUACAAAGGAACAGGUUGUCAUUGCUCGUGAAGCCGAUGCCAUCUUCAUUGAAGAAAUCAAGAAGGCUGGUUUGUAUAGAGAAAUCUCGCAAGCAUUUGCUGCCUUGUUGCCUGUCAAGUCUGUCGGUGUCAUGGGAGACCAAAGAACCUAUGACCAGGUCAUUGCUCUCAGAGCCAUCGAAACUGUUGAUUUCAUGACUGCCGACUGGUACGUCUUUGAAGCUUCCUUCUUGAAGAGAGUCGCUUCAAGAAUCGUCAACGAAGUUGAUGGAGUUGCUCGUGUCACCUACGACAUCACCUCUAAGCCUCCAGCUACUGUUGAAUGGGAAUAGAGAAUUUAGAACUAAUAGUCUGUACAAUAAAAGAAGUAUAUUAAAUCAUAGCAUAUAAUUU